AUGAAUAUCUAUGAAGUAAAUGAAUUCAAAAACUCACUCUCUGCCGGCAUCCACGCUUUUCUCCAAGAAUCUCAGGAAGCAUUCAGCGUUAUCCGUUGUGAGACGGCAAAUUCGCUAGUUUCGUUUGACUGGACUUGUACUUGUUCGGAGUUGAGCGAUUGGUUCAGAAAGUUUUACGCUUGGGAACCGCUGGAAUGGUAUUUGAACACGCUGCGAAGGAUCGGAACUGACUGUGGGAACGAAGAGUGCUGUGAUGUUUACAAAAAUGAAUGCGAAAAUCGAAUGUACAAUAUGGCCGGCCUUUUUGACAAUAUUUACGAUAGAAGUUGUAAGAGUCAAUGUCAACCAGCAUCGCGAGGGAUCAACGACGAACACUCGGUCACGAGAUCGAGAAUGUGCUACGACAGUAUGAUCGAAAUAGAAAAAGAAGCGCGGAACUCGUCCAUUUGGUUUGACGACCAGGUCCCAUUCGCCGGCUUGCAAUUCUGCCAGAUCAACGGCGAUUCCAGCUACUCUCCUUGGACUUGUCUUGAUUCCUCCGCCAAGGCUUCUCUAAUAGUUUGCUGCAUUAUAAUCAGUCUCAUGGCUCUUGCAUCUGUCGUCUCCAACAUUCUUGUCCUCAAAAUUUACUGCUCUCGUAAACGGCUCAGAUCGGCAAUAGGUUAUCGAUGGCGCAUUUCUUUCGCCAUUUCGGAUCUUUUGGUUGGCCUGGUUGUUUUGCCCUCUGCAGUGUACAAUAUCUACCUGCGCUACAUGAAAGUAAUUGCUGUCGCAUCAGAAAUUUAUGGGCUGAUGUUCCAUUCAAUUGAACGGUGUGUCAACAUACGGUAUCCACUCCUCGAUAGAAAAAUGUGCAUCACAAUGGACAGAGCUGUAAUUGCUACGAUUCUCUUCACCUGGCUUUUCUCGAUAAUAAUGGCAGUGGCGAAAACGAAACUCGAGCUCAUUUCCUACUCUUGCAAUUAUUUCAAUUUGUUCGGAUGCAAUCUCUACUCGAUUCAAGACGAGUCGCUUAUCAUCUUCAUCGUGAUCUACUCCCUCCCUCUUUUAAUCGUUUGGUUUGUCAACAUCUUGCUUUACCGAUCAAUCCGCGUUUCUUCUUCUCAUCCGCUGGCUCAAGCCGCUAAAGAUGAUCAGACAAAAGUCGCUAGAACUUUGAUCGUCCUUACUCUCACCUUCUCCUUGUUUAUUCUACCACUAAUCAUCUGCGCGAUAACAGGCAUAUUGCUGGACACAGUUUACAUCAAUAUUCCCGAGCACUACGAUCCCAACGCUGCGAAUUUGUUCAAUUCGUUCGUCUUCCUCGCCGUUUUGGUCAGCAAAAUGAACGGAUUCGCAAACAUAGGAGUCUACUACUAUCGAAACGAAGAGUUCUGCCGCGAACUGAAGAGCUUGUUCGCCCCUUUUCGAGCGUGUAAGAUGCCGAAAAUCGUAGAAGGUCGAUGCACUGGAACUGGAUCGCGACAAAAUCGCGCGAAGUUGAAGAGCAAGAUUUCAGACCCCGACUUCACUACAACCAAAAAGACAUGA